GUGUAGUAAACUGCGUCCAAAUAAUUCGAAGUAAACCUGCGAGAGGCACAGUAAGAGAGAUUUUUUGACUGCGUUUACGCUAUUAUUUUUCUAAAGCAUUUGGAAACCAAGAACUAUGUCUGACUACUACGUUGACGAAUACGAACACUUUAACUACGAUUACGACAAGCAUAUUUUUACCGGUCACAGUGGAAAACAGCGAAGCAAACGCGAGGCUCUUGCACACACAAAUCAUUUCGAUCCGUGCGGCCAUUCCAGAAAGAUCCUGACCAAAUUAAUGAAUUCUGAACACAACAAACGGAAUGUUGGAAAGACCAAAGCAUAAAGAACUCAGGGUUGCUGUCUAAUUUUUGAAGAAAGUAUUUGUCAAUUCCAACAUAUUGAAGUUUUUGAACAUCCUUGAAUAUAAUAAACGACUUUUUCAUUUCCUUUA